CGAACACAGAACCUCAAAGACACACAGAGAUAGAAACAGAUAUGAAACAGAUAGAGCUCAAGGAUGUGCCGACAGUUCGCAUCCUGAUGUUGGGCGACAGAGGUGUGGGCAAGACUAGUUUGACCAAUUUGAUGGCCACUACGGAAAUUACGCCCACUCCAGACUCGCGAACCGUUGGCGAGGAGUCGUGGCAUGUCCAGGUGCGGUUGCAUGAGUAUUCCAAGCCGGUGAUCCUGCCGCCCACGCCCACCUGGACAACGCCCUCCUCGUCGGAGGACUCCGAGAAUUACCCGUAUAUGCGGAGUACGCCCACCACCACGAAUAUCCUGUACUUUGUCGAGUUCUACGACCUGAACAGCGAUUGGCGCAUGUGCCGCCAGCAGCGCGAAAGCUUCUAUAAGAAUAUUGACGGCAUCGUCCUCGUGUACAACAUGCUGGAACUGAGCUCCCAGGACAGCCUGCACGAUUGGCUGUACGAUCCGUUGCGACAGAUCUGCAAGCAUCGACAUCUGCGCAUCCGUUCCAUAUUGAAAAACCAUAAUGCGCCCAUUCUGGUGGUGGGCACCAACCUGGACAAGCUGAUGCGACGACCACUGCGUCGAAGGGGCAGCAUUGCCCACCAGUUAAACGUCGAGGAGAUGCUCGUCAAUUGCCUGGAUCCCCAAAGCUUUGUGGACAAGAGCCGUAAUCAGGGCAAACUGUACGGCUUCCUAAACCGCGUCAUCGAGUUCAAGGAGCAAUUUCCACUGUUAAGUUUCCGCCACUUGUGACCUUUUAUUUUUUAGUUUCCCAUCAAUUUUUUUAAUAAAAUUUAUGGAAAAAUG